AUGUCAACCACGCGUUCCCUGGCAUACACACUCCAAGAGCGUGAUCGACGUUGGCUGCUGGCCAGGGAUUUCAUGGCUGACCAUGGUGUUGACGCUCUCUUCGUAUUCGGAGAGCCAGAAAUGAGUGGACCAGGGCCCUAUACAUUGGACAAUUGGGUUACAAACCACCGGCCCGGAUCAACGGUCAUUUUCCCAAAAACAGGAGAACCCCUCGUGCUCUCAUUUAUGCCCGCAGCUAUAAUCGACCAUAUACACGCUAGAGAGCACGGAGAGCAACCAUGGGUAUCGGCAAAAAACAUUCGUAUGGGUCGGGAUGCAGAAUCUACAGUCACUGCACUGCGAGACCUAGGGCUCACAGAAAGCACGAUAGGCGUAUGCGGUCUCGAGCCAUUCGUACCAAUCCAUCCAUCUGGAGUCAUACCUUACUCCCUCUGGAAUAAAAUUCUAUCCGAAUUUCCCAAGGCCAACUUCAAGUCGGUCGGGCAAGCCUUCUUGACAGCGAUAAUGCCGCUCAGUGAUGAGCAGAUUUUGGUAACACGUCAUGCAGCUAAUAUUGGCGAUGAGAUGGCUCAGGCGAUGGUAAAAGCUUGUGCUCCAGGUGUUCCCGAAAAUGAGAUUUUCAGGGCUGGAAUGGAUGCAGCUUUUGCUCGAGGUACUGUAGUUCCUGUCAUCCAUAUGUUCACAGGGCCUAAAGCUAUCAAUUGGGGACCACCUAAGUGGCAUUACAGCCCACAAAGCCCCCCUCGUGUCUUGCAGGACGGGGAUUUAGUCGCAGCUGAGAUCUUCUGUGACUUCGGAAAAAUGCAGGCGCAACUUCAAGUAACCAUCGCUGUGGGUAAAGUUCAUCAGGACGUGGAAUGGGCAGCCGAGAUCGCUCGCCAAUGUUACGAUGCUGGAUUGAAAGCACUCCAGCCCGGAAAUACCUUUGGAGAGGUUGCAAAAGCAAUAAGAGAGCCGUUGAAAGAAAACGGAGCGUGGAGUAAAGGACCACAAAUUCAUAGUCUGAAUCCAAUUGUUCCCGUCUGUGAAAUUGACGUCGACCUCGCCAAUAUUGGAGUAUCUGAAGUAUACCGACGACACUGGGCACUAGAUACACUUGCUGCUGAUAUGGUUCUCAAGCCAGGUAUGACUUUUGCUCUGGAGCCGACUUGUGCUAUUGGACCACUCGAUGCCAUUGAGGCCUCUCUCGCAGAGAUCAAGCAGCUUCUGCUCCAGUCUCGGAUUCCCCAAUCACAACCACUAAAUGAGAAGCUCUACUCAGAUUCAGCGAACAAUACUAUCCCCACCAAUAAUGAAGUUUCAGCAAGUGCCUUUCAGUCAGAUGAAGAAAACACCGCGACGGACAGUUUUCCUGAGGAUGGACUUCCUGAGGAGAGUGAACAGGAUGUGCAAGUCGCACCUAUCAAAGUCGUCCGGCACCUGUUUAAACUUAUCCAUGGAUCCCCUACUCGUGACCAUAACGAAAGUAUCAUCAGUGAGCUUUCAAAACUUGGUUUAACCUCGGGUAGUCUGGUGGAUCUGCUUUUUGAAGGGUUUGCGAUUGGGACGGGACAACCACCAGUCAUCGACGUUGAGUCACUAAAACCGUGGAUCACCCUGAAGCGCAAUUAUGAUCCGUGCGAUAGGGCGAUAGCUGCUCAGCUAGAAAUUUACACACUGUUAUAUGACGUUGUUCGAAAAGGUGUCAGAUCUGUAUCCUCGGCUUGGGACGACCUGGAGAAUUGGACUGUCAGGAAUUUGCAAGUGGAUGAAGAAGACUAUCCAGGAAAAUAUGAAGCAACUCUACAUUUUACCUAUUUAUCUGUGAGUCUUAUUCUGGCUCGAUGGGAAGUUGCGAAAUUGCAAGCCGUGCCCCGGCAACAACAUCAGGAAGAAGAAGAAAUGGAAGAAGCAAAAGGAGAAGGAACAGGAGAAGAAAUUGAAUUUUCAGACUCUGCUACUCGACAACAACGAAUCUCCAGCGUGAUUGAACUAAUUAUUCGCUAUUCCCACCUGCUACUAGAUAAAGGGAUGCUUCUCUGCUCACAAACCGCACUGGUUAAGCCUUCGUACGACUUCCUAAUAUCUGCCUACGCUGGUAUUACACUCGUCGAAUAUGCCAGCUUCCUGCCGAACCCAAAGCUUACAUUCGAAUUGAUGGAAAAAGUUCAAAUUCAAGGUCAUCGGAGUUAUAAUCCGGAAAUCUCCCUUGAGCCAGUUUUCAAUUGGGCGACGAAUGUGAUGCGGAAAAAGGCACAGGAUUAUUCUGUCUCUAUGCAGCAGGCUGAGCUCGAUGCAGUGAAUUCGAAUUUUGACACUACCACUAAUGAGAGUCGUGUACCUAUCUCGAUGGAUUGGAUACCUAAUACGCUUAUCGACUCUUUCUAUUUUUCGGAUCACGGUGACUUGUCGAUAACGCCUGUAUGA